ACGUGAUACAUUACAUAAGUUGCAAACAUCACAAUAACCGUACUUUACACCGAUGGAUCUACUGUGAGUGAGGAAGAGUGGAUCAGCCACAGUCAAUGAUGGUUGAUUUAGCGAAAGAGGCAUUCAAUACUCAGAAUUUCCAACUAGCAGUGGAAAUUUAUGAGCGAACGAUAAAAGAAAACGGACCAUCCUUGGAACUAUGCAUAGGACUGGCUGACAGUUUUGCCUCGUGUGGUCACUUUGAAAAAGCUUUUGAUACGUAUGCGAGUGCUUUCAGACUCGGAAACUUGACCCAGUCAUCUUUAAAACAUUUGGUUUCGGCUCUUGUGAACGCUGUAAAGCAGGACAGUAUUGCCACAAGUGCAAAUAUGAGCAAAAGUUUCAUGUUUACAUGCACUAUAUGCAGGGGACUUUUUAAUGAACCAGUGACUAUUCCGUGCGGACACACUUAUUGUAGAAAAUGUUUCGAAAGAGAUCAAUCAAAAGCAUGUAGAACAUGUGGUACUCUUCAUCAUUUAGUGAGGACUUCAAAUUUUAAAUCCAACGUGUUACUGAUGAGAUUAAUCGAAAGUUGGUUCCCUAAUGAAAGUAAAGCUUCGUGUUUGAAAUCUGAAGGGAAUAAGUUUUUUGAAAGAAGAAAAUACGAUAGAUCGAUUGAAAUGUACAGUUUAGCCAUUGAAUUGUCUCCACAUGAUCAUUUGUUACUGAGCAAUCGUUCCCAUGCAUUUGGCUGUCUUGAUCGCUAUAGUGAGGCUCUGCAAGAUGCAGAAAAAGUGAUCAAACUUCGACCUGAUUGGCCUAAAGGAUACUUCAGGAAGGGUUGUUCCCAGUUUGGUUUGAAUCUGUUUGAAGAUGCUGUGGUGUCAUUGCUACAAUGUCUAGCAUUAGACUCUGAAGUUCAGGCAGCAAAAGAUUUCCUUGCUAAAUCUCUGCACAAGAUUCUGUCCCCAUUCCCAGAUGAUGAUGUCAAAGCUUUGGCUUUAAAGAAUCAGUUUAACCCUUCGCUGCUGACUCGACUGAUUCGGGCCAACUUCAGCUCCUCUCUUCUUCUACCUCACAUGACCGUCCACAAAUUGGAGCAACUCAAGGACAUCAUCGAUGAAACCCUCUGCAGUGCCACCAACUUCUUACUUGAACAAGAAGAAGUCAAACCAAGCUUUGAUCAUGUUGAUAUGGAGGAACAGUGUUCAUCUGGGCAUGUUUCCUUUGGUCAGAAUGACAACAAUGUCCUUCCCUUAAAUUUUAAAAGUGCAUCAGAACCAAGCAGCAGAUCAGAGUCGCCAGUCUUUUUCUGUCGAGGUUCAAGGUCACGUUCACACUCGCCCUCGGGGAGGAACAUUGACAUCAACAGGAAGCGGGCCAGAGAACCGAGCACCACCCAACCACCACUUUCCCCACAGGAAUCACCGCAAAAACAACAAAAGUCUGAAGAAAUUGUACCAAUGGAUAUUAGCAAAAUCUUAGUGAAUGUUGAAGACUUUGAAUGCAGUUUGUGUUAUCGACUGCUGUAUGAACCAGUAACCACCCCCUGUGGACACUCCUUUUGUCGUCCCUGUCUAGACAGGUGUCUGGAUCACCAAAGCAACUGUCCUCUAUGCAAAAGCACAUUGGCUGAGUAUUUGGCUGAGAGGCGUCAGACUCGAGAUGAAUCUUUGGAAAAUAUUAUCAAAACAUAUUUCCAAAAAGAAUAUGAAGCAAGGAAAAAACUUCAUGAAGAUGAAAUUGCAGAACUUGCCAAGAUGGGUGAAGAUGAGAGACAUCACAUCCCCAUUUUUAUUUGCGCCAUGGCUUUCCCUGGAGUGUCCUGUCCACUGCACAUAUUUGAACCUCGAUAUCGACUGAUGAUAAGACAAUGUAUGGAAGCAGGGACUCGCCAGUUUGGCAUGUGCAUUGCAGAUGGUGAAUCAGAGGAUGAGUUUUCGGAGUUUGGCUGUAUGUUGGAGAUCAGAGAUGUCCAAUUCUUCCCUGAUGGCCGGUCCCUGGUGGAUUGUAUUGGAGGAAGGAGAUUUCGAGUUUUAUCCAAGGGACAUCGAGAUGGGUACAACACUGCAAACGUUGAGUUCCUGAGGGAUGUAGUAGUUAAAGAAAAGGAUAUGGAAGCCGUUAACAAACUGCAAGAAAAGACCUACAGUGAAGUGAAAAGCUGGUUUGAAAACCUCCCAGGGAUACAGAGAAAUCAGAUCAGUCGCCAUUUUGGUGGCUUUCCCUCCUACGACGCUGAUUUUCAGGGUAAUCCUAACAGCACUGCUUGGCUAUGGAAAGUCCUGCCAGUUCUCCCUCUGGAUCCUAGGAUCCAGUUAAAAAUGCUGGCAAUGACCUCCUACAAGGAGCGGUUAGAGGGCAUACUGAGAGUGGUGGAGUACAUUAAAAGACGGCAGAGUUCAUGACUAUGGAAGAUACCUUAUUUCCUGAAUUACCUCCCAUUUAACUACCAGAUAGUGAUAGGGCUCGUUAUAGUUAUUGCUUUAUUUAUUCAAGUUGCAAUCUGAACAAUCUUCUCGUUUAUAUUUUAUAUUUAUAUUUUAGACUAUCCAUUUUCUUAUCCAGAUGUUUGAAUGCUGUAGGAAGAUUUGUAUCUUAAGAGAGAUGCUGUAUUUGUGAGAGUAUGGGUAGUGAGAGAGGUGUCUUUGUUUAUGUGUUUUUAUCAACUGGUUAAUGCAUCUUGUCACAAUUACUCACUGAAAUGAGGCUUUUAAAGAAUAAGUAUAUUUACUUAUUUACUUUAGUGAUAUAGAAAAUGCCGAUACCGAUAAUUGUCAUAGAAGAGAACGGUUAAGUUACUACAGUUUGCCAAAAAUGAUUUUACAAGUGUUGGAGUUUUUAUGUUGGAUACCUCUUCUUGACAUGGACUGUUUUAACUAAAACUUUAAAAUGAAAUUUUACCUGUUAAAAGCAACUACAGCAUUCGGUAUGGGAGAUUGUGUGCAAAAGCAUUGUUUGAUACCAGGUAUAUUGAGGGUAAAUCGAUAAUUAUAUUUAAAUGAAUAAUUUAACUAUCUAAUCAGGAUGAGCUUCUGUGUCUGUCGAUUGAUUUACUUUGAUUAAUAUGGUCUGCAAUGAGUACCUUUGAACUGUGAUAUUUCUUCAAACCUUUCAGGUCAAAUAUUCAAUGUAUAUUUUUGUAUCUUGUUUUCUUUUUAUGGUUGUAAUAUAUGUAACACUGGAUUCAUAAUUGGCUGUAAAUCUGCUUUGGAGCUUUUUAUAAGAGCUACAAUAUUGAAUUUCACAGUAUUUUGAUUGUGUUACCAAGAAUUGAUCUGGGGGAGUCCUGUAGUUAUACAGAAUGAAAUGAUGGAAAUUUUCCAAAUGUCCACUGUUUUGUCGUGUAGUUUUACCCUCAUAAUGUCCAUGUCAAAUCAUGUUGGUCUUGUCAUUGGGCAGGAUAAACCCUCAGAGUUGACCAAUCUAGUAUAUAGUGGUCUGUGUGGAUGGAUGUCAUCAUUUGAUUGUUUAAACAUGUUAAUUAUUAUUUGAAUGCGACAAAGUUUUUACAUUGAUUCAAUAAAAAUAUACGAUACCUAA